CUCCCAAUUCAUACCUUAUUCCAAUGAACUAAAGCAACUCACUUUAGCUACUCAUAUUUCUUUUCCACCAAACAAUUCACACACACACAACAAAAAGGUAAAGUUGAUCGUGCUCAAAAACCAACACCACAACAACUAGAUACACAUCACCAUCCUCUACCUCAACUCUCCAAAAUCACACUAUCUAGAACAAAAAAACCCUAACUAUGUACAGGCUUAGCAACUCUGUUAUAGGGUUCCUGAACCUAUUCACCCUCCUCGCCUCGAUCCCAAUAAUAGGGGCCGGUUUGUGGAUGGCGAGGAGUAGCACCACCUGCGAGAGCUUCCUCCAAACACCCCUUUUGGUGGUAGGUUUCAUUGUCCUAAUCAUAUCUCUAGCCGGCUUCAUAGGCGCGUGUUUCCACGUUGCAUGGGCGUUGUGGGUUUACCUGGUCAUCAUGCUCUUGCUCAUAGGUGCGCUCAUGGGGCUCACCAUUUUCGGGUUCGUGGUAACUAGCCCGGGAGGGGGGACUGCGAUUCCCGGGAGGACGUAUAGGGAGUAUCAUUUGGAUAGCUACUCUCCAUGGUUGAAGAAGAGGGUUUUGGACCCUCAUUAUUGGAUGACUAUUAGGAGUUGUAUUUUGGGGUCCAAGACUUGUGACAAGAUUGUGUUGUGGACACCCUUUGACUAUUUGACCAAAGAUCUUACUCCAAUUCAGUCGGGGUGUUGCAAGCCGCCAACGUCGUGCAACUACGCGAUGACGCUGGUGGCGCAGGAUCCGGACUGCUACAGGUGGAACAACGCGGCGACAGUGCUGUGCUACGAGUGCGAGUCGUGCAAGGCGGGGGUGCUGGAGGACGUGAGGCGGAGCUGGCACAAGCUCUCGGUGCUCAACAUCGUGAUGGUGGUCGUGCUCAUCGGAAUCUACUCCAUCGGCUGCUGCGCCUUCCAGAACGCAAAACGCGCCCACACCGACUACCCCUACGGCCACAACCGCAUGUCCAAAGUCCGCCCGCGCUGGGACUUUCACUGGUGGAGAUGGUUGGAUGACAGAAGGCACCAGCUUUAUUAGCUAAAGAAGAAGUGUAGCUACAACUCUCAUGUAUCAAAUCCAUGUUCUCAGAUUGAGUACUUUAAAUACUUUAUGCAUCAACUUAUGCAAAUUUUCGACUACAAUGUUUGUAUAUAAGUACUUUAGUUACAUAUAUUUAUAUUUCUAGAGAUGGCUAUC